AUGCUCCGUGCGCUGCUCCUGCUGCUGUGCAGCCCUGCCGUGGGCGCUGGGCACCCGCCGCCCCCCGCCACGCCACGCCUCAAACUGGCCUUCCCAGCCCGCCACGGGCUGCGCCUUUACCAGCUGGAGCGCUCGUGCUGCUACAACGUGCUGCUGCUGGAUGAGGAGCGCGGCCGUCUCUUCGUGGGGGCCAAGAACCACCUGGUGUCGCUGAGCCUCGACAACAUCAGCCAGCAGGACAGAAAGAUCUACUGGCCGGCGCCCGUGGAGUGGAGGGAGGAGUGCAACUGGGCUGGCAAAGACAUCAACACCGAGUGCAUGAACUUCGUGAAGAUCCUGCACUACUACAACCGGACCCACCUGUAUGCCUGCGGCACCGGUGCCUUCCACCCCACCUGUGCCUUUGUGGAGGUCGGCCAGCACACGGAGGACUCCGUCUUCAAACUGGACCUGCAGCACUCCGAGGACGGCAAAGGGAAGAGCCCCUACGACCCCCAGCCCGCGGCCGCCUCCGUUCUUGUGGGUGAGGAGCUCUAUUCUGGGGUGGCCACCGAUCUGAUGGGUCGUGACUUUACCAUCUUCCGCAGCAUGGGCUCGCGCCCAUCUAUCCGCACCGAGCAGCACGACUCCCGCUGGCUCAACGAGCCCAAGUUUGUGGAUGUGUUUUGGGUGCCUGAGAGCGAGAAUCCUGAUGAUGACAAGAUCUACUUCUUCUUUCACGAGACGGCAGUGGAAAGGCCGCAGGGGCUGGGCAAGACCAGCUUUGCCCGCAUUGGCCAGAUCUGCAGGAACGACAUGGGUGGGCAGCGGAGCCUGGUGAACAAGUGGACGACGUUCCUGAAGGCACGGCUGGUGUGCUCUGUGCCGGGCACCGAUGGUGCGGACACCCACUUUGAUGAGCUCCGUGACGUCUUUCUAUUGCAAACAAGGGACAAGCGCAACCCCCUGGUCUAUGCCAUCUUCUCCACCUCCAGCUCCGUUUUCCAGGGCUCGGCCAUCUGUGUCUAUACUAUGGCUGACAUCCGGCGGGCUUUCCUGGGGCCCUUUGCACACAAGGAGGGCCCCAACUACCAGUGGGUGUCGUACCAGGCCCGUGUGCCGUACCCCCGCCCGGGCAUGUGCCCCAGCAAAACCUUCGGCACCUUCAGCUCCACCAAGGACUUCCCGGAUGAGGUGAUCCAGUUUGCCCGGCACCACCCGCUCAUGUACAACCCAGUGCUACCCCACGGCCACCGCCCCCUCUUCCUGCAGACCAACACACCUCACACUUUCACCCGCAUCGCUGUGGACCGCGUCACAGCUGCUGAUGGCCACUACGACGUCCUCUUCAUCGGCACGGAUGUGGGAACAGUGCUGAAGGUGGUCUCAGUGCCCAAAGAGAGUUGGCAGAGCAUGGAGGAACUGGUGCUGGAGGAGCUUCAGGUCUUCCAGGACUUGUCCCCCAUCACCAGCCUGCAGAUCUCCUCCAAGCGGCAACAGCUCUAUGCUGGGUCGGCCACGGCUGUGGCCCAGCUGCCCCUGCACCGCUGCGGCAUCUACGGCAAAGCCUGUGCUGAGUGCUGCCUGGCCCGGGACCCCUACUGCGCCUGGGACGGCAGCUCCUGUACCCGCUACGUGCCCAACACCAAAAGGCGUUUCCGCCGGCAGGACGUUCGCAAUGGGGACCCCAACGUGCUCUGCUCCGAAGACCCGCAGCCGGGCAGUGUGCCCCAGAGGAAGCUCUAUGGUGUGGAGGGCAGCAGCGCCUUCCUGGAGUGCGUGCCUAAGUCCCUGCGGGCCCGCGUGCUCUGGACAUACCAGCGGGCCAGCGAUGCCCCCAAGAGCGAGGUGCAGCUGGAUGAGCGGGUGGUGCGGACAGAGCGGGGCCUUCUGCUGCGCAGCGUGCAGCCCAGCGACGCUGGCCUCUACCUCUGCCACGCCAUGGAGCACCGCUUCACCCAGCCCCUGCUGCGGCUUGCGCUGGAAAGGAUCCGGGGGCCGCUCGGAGCAGCCGUCUGCACUUUCGUUUCCAGAAGGCUGAAAUCGAAACUUGAGCGGUUGCCAGGGCAGUGCCAGAGCGGAGGCUUCAGGGAAGACCUGAAACACAACCCGGGCUCUGCUGUGUGGUGA